AACAUCACAAAGAAAAACGCUAAUUUUUUUUUACUAUCAUCCAAUAAGGCCCAAAUUAUUGACCCGUUUAACCCAGCCCUAAUUUAAACGGCCCAAUUUCUCGAAGUGCUGACCCAUUCCUCUUUCAAUUUUUGGUGAAAUCCUAAAACCCUAGAAUUCCUCUCCCUCUCUCCACACACAUCCAGCUGCACUGCACCGUCGGAGAAAUGGGAUCUAGCGGACAAACGGUGCUGCAGUAUGUACCAUCACCGGCAAGCGUGUCGGCUAAGGUUCAUCCGCUUGUUAUUUUCAAUAUCUGCGAUUGUUACGUGAGGCGGCCGGACCAAGCCGAGCGCGUCAUCGGCACGCUACUCGGCUCCGUUUUGCCCGACGGCACCGUCGACAUUCGCAAUUCCUACGCCGUUCCCCACAAUGAAUCCUCGGAUCAGGUUGCACUUGAUAUUGAUUAUCAUCAGAAUAUGUUGACGUCCCACCAGAAGGUGAAUCCAAAGGAAAUCAUCGUUGGAUGGUUUUCAACUGGUGGAGUCAUUGGUGGCAGUGCAUUGAUCCAUGAGUUCUACUCUAGAGAAGUUAACAAUCCUAUUCAUUUGACCGUUGAUACUGAAUUUAGAACUGGAAAUGCUUCAAUUAAGGCUUUUGUCUCUGUUGCCCUGUCUCUUGGAGAUCAACAACUUGCUGCACAAUUUCAAGAAAUUCCAUUGGACCUACGCAUGGUUGAGGCAGAGCAAAUUGGAUUUGAUGUACUUAAGCCAACAAUUGUUGACAAGCUUCCAAAUGAUCUUGAGGGAAUGGAAGCCUCCAUGGGACGGUUGCUUGCUCUAAUCGAUGAUGUUUACAAAUAUGUCGAUGAUGUCGUGGAAGGACGCACUGCCCCUGAUAAUAAAAUCGGAAGAUUUAUAUCUGAUACAAUAGCAGCUCUUCCCAAACUAUCUCCAAAUGCUUUUGAUAAGCUAGUGAAUGACAGUCUGCAGGACCAACUUCUGUUGCUUUAUCUGUCUAGCAUUACGAGAACGCAACUUAGCUUAGCUGAAAAGCUCAAUACUGCUGCCCAGAUCCUUUGAUGUAUCGACGUUCUGGUUUCUUGAGACGCCAUGGUAGUAGCUCUGUGAUGUAGGUUUUUCCAUUUCAAGAUGUAUGACCUUUGUUUGGUUCGACGGCAAUUUCAUGUAUGAUCUGGAUUUUGAGCAUCUCUUUUUUGGUCAAAACUAACUAAUUGUUUGCUUCGCUUUUUUGCUUGCCCCUUGAGCCGGCAGCAUUUUGUUUGUGGCGCCUAGUAAAAAAUCAUUAUGGAAAAAGUGUUAAGAGCUCUUUCUA